AUGGCCAACGAUCUUGGCAAACAAGCAUCUUUUGCCUGGGUUGAGUAUGACCCUCGAGCCCUGGAGGAACGCAGAGCUCUGGGAAUCUACAAGCAGCAGCGACGUGUGGUACGGGCGCAUGUCGCACACACUUCUUCCGGCGCACGGAAAGCUACCAUCGCAAGAAAGGAGUCUAUCAGCAAAGCCUUGGGACCGAAGAAAGCGAUAGAAGGACCAACAAAGUUGACAGAAACAUCACCAUCGAGAGCACAAGAUCAGGCGGACAAGGCCGCUUAUGACUCGAUCUCGCGUUUGUUCUCGAGACUGCGUUCUCAAGAUGCGAAUGCCAUUGCCUCCAUGGCGAGGAAAUCUGACCGAGUCUUGCUCUGGAAUGCUUUCACUGGUGGUACUAUUUGUUUCGAAGCAGCGAUGUUUGUCGCGGGGACCUAUGCGAAUACCUGCGGUCUCACAAGGCACGAACUACACACUGGCUUUGGCAGCGGAUUGCUAUUCCUUCGCGGAGCUCUUCUUGACGGCAUUCANAAAACGAUUGUUCACACGCCCAAAGACAGCUUCAACUCGAUCUCCAUUGCUCUCCUAGCUGGCUGGGAGCGCAGGUUUGGCGAUCACCAAUCCUACGAGGUUCACAUGCAGGCGUGGAAAACCUUACCUCUCGCACUUGGAUCUCUGGAAGAUACCAGUAUCACUGCACUCGCGGAUGUGGCAAUGACUUGCUUUCAAGAGGCAACCCAAGAACGGUAUAUCGCAGAGACGGCGUUCUCUUCGAGCCGAUCUCUGGCAUACGGGACAGUGUUGCCCGAAGGUCUACCACCAGGCUUUCAUAUCAUACCCACUGACCGGCCUGAGGCAUUGAGUCUUCUGAGUACAAUAUCCAAGUGUACAGCGUUCGACUACACUGCACCAAAUUCUAUUGCAGAUUUUCGGAAGCUGGUCAUAGAGAUCAUGUCUUGGAGCGCGAGUCAUUCCAUCUCAGCGGCACCAGACGAAGCGUAUGAGGCACAGUGGGACAAGCUUCAGCUCAAUGCCUGCUACCAUAUAAGAUCAGCCAUGAUCUCGACAAACGCCCCUAUCAUGUGGGCAUGCAUCAACGCUCACAACGGGACCUGGGCCUUUGAUGUCCAACAAGGCAUCGAUAUCCAUGCUGAGGCCUGUAAGCACCUCAAGACUCACGAACUCAUGGGCACAAAGUAUCAAGAUGUAGCAAUCUGGGCCAAGAUGACACUAAACAGCCACGCCACACCCACGCAGAGCGGAGACGAGCACAUAAGUGCGUUGAUGCAGAAUUCUGGCAUUAGAGAUUGGGGGCAGAUGGAAACUCUGCUCAAAAAAUUUGUGUAUAGAGAAGAGCUGGCAGGCGCCAAGUACCGGAGGUUGUUCGAUGCACUUGUCUACUAG